GUGUCUCGCUACUUCGUUAGUUUAGUUAGGGCUGAGAGCUUUUAGGUCAAAGCCUCCAAGGGGAGAAGAACGAGAGAGGAGAGAGAAUAUAGCGCUACUGUCAACCAAAAUUCACUCUCUUCCUCUCGGCGUUUAACAUCGACGAUCGGAGGGUGGUUCCCAACUGAGUGCACCAUGCAAUCCAGCGAAGGUACCAUUCCCAUGCAAUCUAACGAAGACACCACCAGUUCCAUGGAAGUUGAAAGGGUUCCAGCUGAACCGGAAGCUGCAAAACCUGCAUACGGAUUUUUUCCCAAGCCAAACUUUCAGCCUUUGAAGGCUCAUGAGAUGACUGAAGGUCAGGUGCAGUUUCGGAAGGUUUCUGUUCCACCACAUCGGUAUACACCUCUCAAAAAAACAUGGAUGGAAAUUUAUACUCCAAUAUACGAGCAGAUGAAGAUUGACAUCCGCAUGAAUCUCAAGGCUCGCAAGGUUGAACUGAAGACCAGAUCAGACACACCUGACAUCAGCAACCUCCAGAAAUGUGCCGAUUUUGUUCAUGCAUUCAUGCUUGGAUUUGAUGUGAUAGAUGCAAUUGCCCUCCUGCGUAUGGAAGAGCUCUACGUAGAAUCUUUUGAGAUCAAGGAUGUGAAAACCCUUCGAGGAGAGCACCUAUCUCGUGCCAUAGGAAGACUGUCUGGUAAAGGAGGUAAAACAAAGUUUGCUGUUGAGAACUCUACAAAGACAAGGAUUGUAAUUGCGGACACCAAGAUUCACAUAUUAGGAUCUUUUGCCAACAUUAAAAUUGCAAGGGAUUCUCUAUGUAGUCUUAUCUUAGGUUCCCCUGCUGGAAAGGUAUAUUCAAAACUUAGAGCUGUCACUGCCAGAUUGGCAGAAAGGUUUUGAUCCUCCAUAUUCUAUGUUCGAAGUUUAAAGUAUUUGAGCAUUAUUUUGUGUCAUUUGAUAUAUGUAUGGAUUUUUGUUGGGUAAACUGAGUCAGCUGCUAGGAUGAUAUCAUGAAAGGAUUUUUGCUGGGUAACACCAUGGAACAUGUUUAUCCGUAUAUUUAUUUUUGUUUUUAUGUA